AUGCUUCUCGUUAGGUUAGUAGGGCAUUCAAACAAUCGACCUGGAAAUGGUAUCACACUUCAUUUUUUCCGCAAAAGUAGAGCGUCUCGUAUUCGGCGUAGCAUAUCGGUUUUGCAGCAUUUAAGAGAAUUUCACACCCCCAAACCAAUACGUGCAUCCGAACACCCGACGCCGAAUAGAAUAAAACGGAGGCAUAUAACUGAACCCCUGGUGGUAACGUCGCCAAGAGGUUUCUUUGCUGAAGAGGUUUUUAGGGAUACCACGAAAAGGAUUACACCAGAAGAGGCGGCUGUGAGAGAAUUAGAAAAAAUGCAGUCAAAUGAACGCGUUGUGUUAAACGUGGGCGGAAAAAAGUUUGAAACGUAUCGUUCCACGCUUACAGCCUAUCCGAACACUCUACUCGGAAAAAUAUUCAGUGAGGAACAAGAGGACAUAUUAAGCGAAGUGCAAGAAAUUUUCUUUGACAGAGAUUACAAUGUUUUCAAGUACAUUAUGCAAUUCUAUCGCAAUGGAAAGAUAACCUGGCCGACCAGCUCAACCGAACCUUCAGUUGACGACAUUUAUCGCGAAUUGACAUUUUUCAAGAUCGAGCUUCGCAAGGGUCAUGCACAAAUAAUUGAAGCGGCCACAUCCAGAGUGGAUAGUUUUAUUGAUAUGAUCUUGGAAGCUGUCUUUGAGGCCCGCGUGGAUUUCAAGAAAAAACUCGAAAUCACAUUCUACCGAUCGGGCGAUUUACCUGCCAGAGUGUCGCCGGCCAUCCCAGUCAUCGGAAAAUUGGUGAAGGAAUAUAGUCAUAUUGGUUACGGCAUUAUAGACGCACGAAAUUAUAAACUUGCUAGGUUUGUGACUUGUCAUCCCGAAGUGGCUCAAGGUGGAUUGAGAUUUGAAAUCGUUCACGAACCAGGACCACCGAGCAGUUAUCGAAUUAUAGUAGAGGCAUACCAACUUAUUCAACCCCAAGCAAUGCACAAUUCCGCUUUGACUUUUCAAGGUGAAAAAAAGCCUAGAGAAAGUCAAAAGUCGAUCAACUAUUGUGCUAAUGCUAAAUGUAUUAAUGUAUGGAAGGUUUUCAUGGAACGGGGCGGAGGUUAUUUUCCACAUAAGCGGAAAACAGGCGGAAGAGUAAUUUGUAUGGCGGAAUGCAUAAAUAUAGGUAAUACAAAGGUCGGAGUACUGAUCGGCAUAUCCGAAACAAAUCGGCGGUCGCGCGUCGAUGCCGCUUUAACACAGGCGAAUGCCAUCAAGUUCCAAAAGAAAGAAAAAGAUACUCCGAUCACUGGCAAUUAUCAUGAAAAAACCUCGUCCAAGAUGCAAAAGGAGGUGCAAAACCAGAUGAUUGGGGCUAAGGGUAUCCUGAAAACGCGAUGGAAAUUGGUAAGUUUAAGAUCACGUGAACGAAGAAUAUCAAGCAUCUUCGUUAUUGGAUUGAAGGAAGGAUUCGAUGUUCCGAAAAGAUCAUUUUGGAAUCCCGUCGUCAACAUGAUAAGCGGAAUGUCGCGAUGCCCAGAACGAUUGUCACUUGGCAUGGCUGAGCUUUAG